AUGACGGAGGCGAUUUUCUUUGUGAUUAUUAUUGCAAGAAGCACUUCCAAGGUUGCUUUUGCUCUCUAUCCUUUUAAGCAGAAGAGCCUCUGCUACGGUUUCUGCUCCCUCCAUUCUUUUUCAGAUCACCUUUCCUUCCCUUAUUUCUCUCUUCUCCAAGUGCCUGCCACAUUUUUGUUUGGCAGCUGCCCCUCGCAACCAUUGAGCAAAUUCCUGUUCGGUGACGCUUCAAAAGAAGCCAUCAUCGCAAUUCCCCAGGGAGAGCUGUAUCUGGUCCGCCCACAAUCGCCCAAGGGUUACUCGGAGCUUAUCUUCAAGGACGCUGCUGCCACAAUCCGACGUACCGGCCAGGACUUCCAAUACCAGCUUGUCAUUCAGAGAGCCUACGAAGAGGGCGAGGAAGAGCUUGCCGACGACGACGGUGAGCAAGGCGCAGGUGACGGUUUAGAUAAGGACGAGAAGGUUUUCCUCCUGGAUCAAACCCUUCACUUCCGGUCGGAACUUCGUGACGGAGGAGCCAAAAUCUUGGCUUGGGAUGACCUAAGCGGUGACGCUGGUGAUCUUUUUGAGUUCAUCUGCGACUCCUCAGUCCCAUCAGACAAAGUUGCCACGUUUGAAGUUGCUGCUCUUCAGUGUCAGUACGAACGUAAACACCGCCGCAGCGCCCAGAAGGCCACGGAGGCAGAAUUGCAAGAAUUCUCAUACAACGAAGAGGAGCCUCUUCCCUCUGCUAGUCCGGUCGCUUCUCCGACUACAAAGCCACACAGAAAUUCCUUCACAGCAGAGGAAUCCACUGCAGCUAUGACAAGAGAUGUGGAAUAUGCCCAGUCUAAGGGGCAGAUCAAGACUGCCACUCUCGAAGAGGAGCCGACUAUUGCCCCACCUUCUGCAGCCCAUCCCGAAGCCAAGGAGAUUCUUAGCAAGGAAAACGCUGAGCUGCAUCUGUUUGACUUCUCGACUGGAACAUUUGUUCUGCAGGAGUCCGAAAUCGUUGCCUCUGUUUCAGAGGUAGGUACUUGGCAGUACUGGCUCCAGAUUUCUGGCAAGGAGAAGGAGUGGCUGGGACAGGCUGUCGUGGCCGAUAUCAACCCUGUCUUCAACUUUGAAUAUCUGUCAUUCAUCUUCAAUCACUACGGUGAAGAUGGCGCGGCCUACUCAUGGCUCCUGCGUUUCAAAGAUCAAGCCUCGGAAGAGCGGUUCCAGGAGGGUCUGAUGCAAGCCCUGUGGGAACAGCUCAAUGAAAUGAAGUGGACUAAGGUCAAGGAGAACGACCGCGACUAUGUGCUCGAUGCCUUCCAGGAUCUCACCAUGGAAGAUGCCGAUGACAAACUGGAGGAAGAACUUGAGGAGGAAGAGGAGGAGGCCGAAGAAGAGUAUGACGGCGAUCAGGACGAUGCCCAGCGCAGUGAGCAUUACGACAGCGACGAAGAGGAAGAAGAUAUCGUGACGCGCGAUGCGGAUGGAAACGUCAACUCUCAACUGGCAGUCGGCUACAAGCACGAUCGAUCAUUCGUUGUGCGCGGGUCCAAAAUCGGUGUCUUCAAGCAUACCCCUCACAACAACCUUGAGUUCUCCACGACUAUUUCGAAGGUUCAGACUCCCAAGGGUGCCCUGUUCAGCCCUAAGAAAGUUAUGCUUCAUGCUGAGGAUCAGAACAUGAUUCUCCAGAAUGGGAAUGAUCCCAAUUCCCUGUACAAGAUGGACUUGGAGUACGGCAAAAUCGUCGACGAAUGGAAGGUCCAUGAUGAUAUCGCCGUGGAGACUUUCGCUCCCGAAAAUAAAUUCGCACAAAUGACUGCGGCACAGUCGUUCGUUGGUAUCUCCAAGAAUGCCCUCUUCAGAAUUGAUCCUCGUCUUGCUGGAAACAAGCUUGUCGAUUCCGAUCUGAAGCAGUACGCCAGCAAGAACGAUUUCUCAGCCAUGGCUACUACCGAAAAGGGAUACCUUGCUGUUGCCUCCAACAAGGGUGACAUUCGCAUGUUCGACCGCCUGGGCAUCAACGCCAAGACUCACAUUCCGGCCCUUGGUGAGCCGAUCAUUGGUCUGGAUGUCUCUGCAGACGGACGCUGGGUCCUGGCCACUUGCCGUACCUACCUUCUCCUCAUCGAUUCACUGCAGAAAGAGGGCAAGAAUGAGGGCAAGCUCGGAUUCGAGCGAGCUUUCGCGAAGGACUCCAAGCCACAGCCUCGCCGCCUUGGCUUGCAACCCGCACACGUUGCCCAGUUCCAGCACGAGACGAAACAGCCUAUCGCAUUCACACCAGCUCGCUUCAACACCGGUGUCGACUCCACUGAAACCAGUAUCGUCACUGCCACUGGUCCCUUCAUCAUCACCUGGAGUAUGAAGAAGGUUGUUGCGAAUCGCAAGGACCCAUACACCAUCAAGCGAUAUGGUGAGAAUGUCAUGGCUGAUAACUUCCGAUUUGGUUCCGACAAGAAUGUUAUCGUCGCUCUGCCAAACGAGGUCAACAUGGUCGCCAAGCGCACCUUCCAGAAGCCCACACGCGAGAGCAUCGCUGGUCCAGCCACACCUCAACGUGCGCGCAGCGGAUGGGGCAGUCGCCUCGGCAGAGAUAGCAUUGUCAACUCGCCUUAUUAG